GGUUGUAAACACACAGGGUGUACGAGUUCAGACCAUUCGCGGAGGAAGUAACAGCCCUACGUCUCGGUGCCCGGAGGCGGUCGAUUGGAUUAUAUGCGUGUGAAUAACAGAGGUGCGAACCCUUGUCUCGGAGGAGGGGGGUGGCUUAUAUAGAGUGCGCCAGGACCCCGGCCAGCCCACGUUACCAAGGGUUCAAUGUAUAUUAAGGCGGUGCGUUACUGGUAACGCUGGUAAUAAAGUGCUAUAAUGACCAUAAAGACUACUUAAUAGCCGACCGUUUGCCUGCGGAGUGACUUUAGAUCUCCUGGCAGUCGAGUGGUUGGCUUCGUGGUCGAGUGGUAGCUCCUUGGUCGAGUGUCUUGAACCCGUCGAGUGGGUACCUUCAAGUCGAUUGAAAGGUGACUUCUUCCAGGGAUGUCCUUGGGUAGGGCUCUUAGGACAGGUCCAUGCCCCUACCCUAGGUACAUAGCUUCGUCAUUAGCCCCCGAAUGGAUCGAGGUUCGAGUGGGGAAGUGGUUGAGGGUCCUUCCGACUGGUUCUUAGCGUCAUAUGAAUGUCUUGCACUGGAUCAAUCGCCACGGAUGACGUUGUCAACUUCUUUCGGUCACGUUGAUCCAUUCUUGGUCUCUCGUCGAGUGAAUUUCCUUACUUGUGAAAUACCGAGUGCCGGCGCGAGAGGGAUCUUCUGUUUGAUGAGUUGUUCCGCAGCCCGCGGAUUUCGCGGGAUUUGAACAUCGGGAAGCGAGCGGGAUGGGCGCGGCCGCAGUAAUCGGAUGUGAUAAGGCGGAAGCUCCUCGAUUUCCGCGCCACCUUUUUCGCCACGUACUGCGCGCGCGUCUGCUGCGGGAUUUGACGGGAUAGCCUGGGCCUACCAGUCAGCCACUCGGAAGCGGCCUCUUAUAAACCGCCGGCUCGGGUUUCCAAACAGUGCUCUCCCCUUUCUUUCUCCCUUCGCAAAGUCCUCCGCCACCUCCGCUCUCACCCUAGCACCGCAGGCCCGUUUGAGAUUUGCCGGCGACGAUGGUGAAGGGCAAGACGUUUGCUCUGGAGCGCGCGAAGAAGGCGGCGGCGCAGGGGAAAGGGAAGAAGUCCGCUCGGGGCGGAUCUUCCUCAAGGACUGCUCUGCCCAGAGGCUGGAUCCAGGGCGACUGGAUGCCAUUGGUGAUUCGGCAGGAAGAUCUCGAUGAUAUGGUUGAGGGAGGAGUCAUUCCUUACGAAGCUGCGCGCCUCCCGGGGAGAGAAGUCGAGCCCCAACCUCUUGAUGGUGAGUGUGUCCUCCUCGCCACCCAUAUCGAUCGCGGGUUUUCUCUUCCUCCUCAACCUUUUUUCUGGAGCUUUCUGAACUUCUUCGGAGCGCAGCUCCACCACUUCACUCCCAACUCUAUCGUGUACCUUGCUGCUUUCAUUUCCUUGUGUGAGGGUUUCCUGGGUUGCCGCCCCCAUUGGGGACUCUUUAAGCACAUCUUCACUUGCCAUUCCCAAUCGGUCAAGAAGGCCAAGUCGAGUGACGAAAGGACGCAGGUGAUCUAGCUGUGCGGGGGCCUGGCGAUCCAGACGAGGGGAAAGAGUUGUUUUCCAUCAAUCACUUUCCCAGAGUCGGUCCGUGGUUGGCAGGCGACCUGGUUUUACUGCAAAGACCAGGCGACCCCAGGACAGUCGACUGGGCUUCCCCCUUUCUCUCUCGACCGAGGUCAAAAACCUGCUUCUCUGAAAGUGACGCCGGAAGAAAAGGCCCAAGUCAAAGUGCUGGUUGGUCGAGUGGUUCAGCUUGUCCGCGAUGGCGUGACUGGCAUGGACUUGCUGGAGGUCUUCCUUCGGAGGCGCAUCCAACCGCUCCAGGCUCGUGACCACCCGAUGUGGCUGUACUCGGGCCUCGAAGACACCACUCGGAUCCACCCGGAGGAGGUCACUGAUGAGAUGUUGGAGGGGUGGCUGUCGAGCAUCACAGGAAACAAAGACAACCCCCGAGGAGCCAGGAGGGUUUCUCCACUCGACAACACAUACGAAGUGGACCAGGUUUGACUUUAUGCUCCCGACUGAGAUCUUGUUUUCUUCAUUGGUCUUCUUUGAAUUGGUCGAUUGACUUUUGUCUUGUCUGUUGUUUUCCAUGCAACUACUGAGAUGUACUCGACGCCCAACGGGGCACAGGAGCCAACUGAGGAAGGGGAGGCGAGCGGAGGUGAGAGUGGAGACGAUCAAGGCGAGUGGGAGUCCGAUGGCGAAGGAGAGGGAGACGACGACGUCGACUCCAGCGAAGAGGAGGAGGAGGAGGUCGAACCCCCCCGUCCAGAGAGGCGAUCCAAGCUUACACACGAUCCAGCGCGGGAACGUGGUAAGGUGACUGCUCCUGUUGGGCAGUCGUCGAAAUGCCCUCGGACCUCUUCUCCUACGCCGACCGAAAAGGCUCCCAAGCACCCACGCGCGACGCCAUCCAAGCUGCCCAAGGCUCUGCCCAAGAGGAAGAUGACUGUCCCCACCAUCUCUGGUGCUGCUACUUCUGAGCUCUCCGCCAAGGACGGCGAUCAAGAGAUGGAGGAUGCUGUUACCUCCAACCCUGCUCCUCCUCAUGUUAUCAACCUCCCGGAUGACGACGACGUGCCGCUGAGGGUGAGAAGGAACAGGAGAGCGUCAACUGGCGAGACCCCACAAUCCACUCCGGCGCCUGAGGCCGUAGCUCAAGACGGUGGUGAAACCACUCGGGCUUCUAUGACUUUUGCCAUUCCUCUGACGAGUGUGCGGCCCUCGACGUCGACUGCGGAUCCGCCUUCGCUUUUUGCCGCGUACCCCGUCCCUGAGGACCAAGUAGCUGUCGCAAAAGAGGCUAUACGCCAGGCGGGGAUCAUGGUGGAACAAGUGAAAGUGGCUCGGGAGGCCAGCCAAGCAGCUUAUGACGCGAGUUCGGCUCUUCAGAGUAACGUCCAGAAAUCCUGCGAACUUGUAGCUUGCUAAACUGAGUUGGAGAAUCAACAGAUCCAGCUCAACCUUAACUUGAAGCUUGCUCUAGAGAAUUUGAAGAAGGCGCAAGAAGAAGCAAAAGAUAAACUGGAAGAAGCUCUGAAGAAGAAGGAUCAAGAUCUUGCAGAAGCACAGAAGGAGGUCUUGAACAAAACGAGGCUUGCUGAAGAGAAACUGGCUUCGGUCGGAACUCUUGAGCAGGAGAACUCCAGACUGAAAGCUGCUCUCGAGGUAGCCAAUCAACAGGUCAGCCGACUGAAGAACGACAACGUGGCUCUGCACGACAAGGCGGGUGAGCUGGCGGGGAAGAGGAACGAUCUGGAGGCUUAUCUCGGUGGACUCGCCAAGAAGCUGUUCGUCAUGCUCGAAGGUAAUUACUCCGCCCCGACUGUCUUGCAGUUACCAAGCCUGUGUAGGGCCACUGUCUUACUCUUGAAUCGUGUUUGCAGAAUUCUGCCAGAGCUUCGAAGAGGAAACCAGUCGAGUGGAGCCAGGCUU